AUGAAACCACCGUCAUUCAAAGGAGGGAUAGAACCAAUGAAAGCAGAAGCGUGGGUAUUGGGAAUUGAGAAGUUGUUUGAAGUUUUCCCUUGUGCCGAAGCUCAAAAGGUGCAACUGGCUGCUUUCACUCUUGAGGACGAGGCACGGAGAUGGUGGAUGCUUACAAGAACUACACAUCCGGGAUUAGCAUGGGACAGAUUCUUAGAGUUAUUUUAUGAUAAGUACUUUUCCCAAAGUGUACGAGACAAGAAGGUGACCGAAUUUGAGACUCUUCGACAAGGGAACAAGACCGUUGCCGAAUAUGAAGCUCAAUUUGCAGAACUAGCACGGUUUGCACCUCAUAUGGUGGACACAGAUUACAAGAAGGCACGUAAAUUUGAAGAGAGAUUACAGAGCGCUAUACUGGACAAGGUCAACAUGUUGAAGUUACCCACUUAUGUCGAUGUGUUGGAGAGGGCUGUUAUAGCAGAAAGAAACCUUGCUACUCAGAAUCGAAUUUCUGAAUGGAAAGGGAAGAGGCAGAACACUCAGUGGUCAAAGGGGACAACUACUCCGCCAAAUAAGAAGCAAAAUUCAGGAACCUCCAGCACAACCACUUUUACUCAAGAUUCAGUCCCUGUGUGCUCAGAAUGUGGAAGGAGGCACCGUGGGGUUUGUCAUCGACUGUCUGGAGCAUGUUUCCGAUGUGGCAAAACGGGUCAUCUAAUAAGGGAUUGUCCUCAAGGAAAUCGACAAAAUAACAACAAAGAUGUUACAAGUUCAGUAGGGUCUGCACCAACUUCCAACACCAAGUCAGUUGCAAAACCUGCUCACAACAAAGACACUGUGAGGCAAGGCAGGGUAUUUGCAUUGGUUCCGGGGGAUGUGCAGAAUGCUGCGACAGUAGUGUCAGAUAAAUCUGAGGAAAAUUUGUCAUAUAUGUUAUGUGUGUCUUCACCUUUGGGAGACUCUAUGAUCUGUGAUUCUGUCUAUUUUGCUUGUGAACUCCAACUUGGGGAUGUCCGGGUACAUGCCAAUCUAUUACCUCUUGACUUGACCUAUUUUGGCAUUAUUCUGGGCAUGGACUGGUUGAGUGAAUAUGGUGCAACUAUAGACUGUCUGAAGAAGCAAAUCAAUUUUCACCCUCCGGGACAACCAGAAUCUAUUUUUCAGGGACAGGAAAUGACUUCUCAACCUUAUUUGAUUUCUACAGCAAUGACUUAUAAAUUAAUUCAAAAAGGGUGUCAAGGGUAUUUAUGUAGUGUUUUGGAGGGGCAAGUGAUGAAUGGGGAUAUUGAUGUGAUUCCAGUGGUCCGUGAAUUUUCGGAUGUUUUUCCAGAAGAAUUGCCAGAGCAGUUGAUAGACUGUGAAAUUGAGUUUAUAAUUGAAGUGACACCGGGAACUCAAUCUAUUUCUAAGACCCCGUAUAGGAUGUCACCAGUUGAAAUGAAAGAAUUAAAGAUUCAGUUACAGGAUUUUCUUGAUAAGGGAUUCAUCCGUCCGAGUGUAUCUCCUUGGGGUGCGCCAGUUUUGUUUCUGAAAAAGAAGGACAGAACACUUCGGCUAUGUAUUGAUUAUAGGGAACUCAACAAGGUAACAAUCAAGAACAAGUACCCCUUACCACGGAUCGACGAUUUAUUUGACCAGUUACAAGGGGCACAGGUCUUUUCUAAAAUUGAUCUGCGGUUCGGAUACCAUCAAUUAAAGGUCAAAGCUGAUGAUGUGGAGAAGACAGCCUUUCGAACUCGGUACGGUCAUUAUGAAUUUCUGGUUAUGCCCUUGGGAGUUACUAACGCAUCAGCAGCAUUUAUGGAUCUAAUGAAUCGUGUCUUUAAGCCUUAUCUGGACGAGUUUGUGGUGGUCUUUAUCGAUGAUAUCCUUAUAUACUCAAAGAGUGCAGAGGCUCAUGAGAAUCAUCUUUAUCCACACAAAGUUGAGGCGAUCGUGAAUUGGCCAACCCCUACCAAUGUGACUGAGGUACGUAGUUUUAUGGGAUUAGCUGGUUACUACAAGAGGCUUGUUCAAGAUUUUUCCAAAAUCGUUAUGCCGCUUACACAAUUAACUCGAAAAGGAGUUGCAUUUGAAAGGUCAGAAGAGCAGGAAUUUGCCUUUCAAGAGUUGAAAACAAAGUUGACUACAGCACCAGUUUUGGCCUUACCAUCCGGUACCGAAGGGUUCGUAAUCUACAGUGAUGCUUCGCACAAAGGGCUUGGUUGUGUACUUAUGCAAAAUGAAAGAGUUAUCGCUUAUGCCUCUCGACAGUUGAAACCCCAUGAGAAGAAUUAUCCCACACAUGACCUUGAGCUAGCGGCAGUAGUUUUUGCUUUGAAGAUAUGGCAGCAUUAUCUGUAUGGCACUACUUACGAAGUUUAUACCGAUCACAAAAGUCUAAAGUACCUUUUUGCUUAG